GACAAUCUGGCCCCUUUCCUGUAGCAAGACAUGCGCAUGCCACGUGCGGGUGUGCAGAUCCUCAAUAGCGUGCCAUGGCGCGCCAGAACCAAAGCUCGAGUGACGGCACCGAGACGGUCAAGUCUGAGUCGUCAACACAUGGUUCUGCUCAAGCAUCUGCCGUGGGCGGCAGCCGAGUCGGGAUCGACGCCAACCCAUGUAACACCGGCGUAACGGGCCCCGGAGGUGUUGCGCUCGUCCCGCUGCAGGCAACGCAACGGAUUCCACAAAACCCAUAUGGAGAC